AGGAAGCGUUGCUUUCUUCUCAAAUCUAGUAGAGUAAUUGUUCAAUUUUCAGCUUACUGAAUGAGUGUAGAUAAUAUCAAAAGUCAAAAGUCAGAAAUGACAGACUACAACACUAAAAAAGUGUUAGAUCCUCAUGAAGAGAUUUAUGAACCCCAUGAGGAGAUCUCGGAUGAAUCUGAAAUGACUGGCAAGGCAUCACCUUUUGUUUACUUGUUGGUUAUUUGCGUUUGUGUUGGUGGUUUCUUGUUUGGUUACGAUACCGGUGUCAUUUCUGGCGCUUUGACAUUUUUGGAAGAUGAGUUCCAUAUGAACAGUGUUCAAAAGGAACUUGUUGUUGGAGCAACCACUUUUGGUGCAAUCUUUGGUGGUUUUGGUGCUGGUAUUUUAAGUGAUAGGUUUGGAAGAAAGAUUCUUGUGAUUGUCUCUUCAGUGAUCUUUAUCGCGGGAGCUUUGAUCCUUGCCUUAGCACCUAACUAUGGCGUACUCUUGUUUGGUAGAAUUGUUGUUGGUUUAGCUGUCGGUAUUGCUUCCAUGAUUGUACCCGUCUAUGUCAGUGAACUCUCUCCCAAGCAUAUCCGUGGUAGAUUGACUACUUUAAACACACUUGUCAUCACAUUCGGACAAGUCAUGGCCUAUGUCAUGAAUAUUGCUUUUGCUAGAGUACCCAAUGGCUGGAGAUAUAUGUUUGGUGUUGCUGGUGUUCCCGCAUUAUUCCAAUUUGUCAUCAUGCCUUUCCUUCCCGAAUCACCUAGACGAUUAGUGGCUAUCCAGAAAUUCGAUGAAGCCAAAAGUGCCAUCCGCAAAGUCUAUGGAGAUUCUGUCACCGAUACAUUUAUUGACCGAGAAAUUAAGAUGAUUGAUGAUGAUAUUCAUGCUUGUAGAUCAGGUUCCUUCAAAGACUUUUUACACCGCGAUAAUUUUAUGCCUAUGAUGAUUGCUUGUAUUCUGCAAGCUGCCCAACAAUUGUCCGGUUUUAAUGCAGCCAUGUAUUAUGCUGCUACUAUUUUACAAAUGGCAGGUUUUAGAAGUAACGAAGGAGCUACUAGUGUUGCUAUUAUUGUGGCUGCCACCAACAUGGUCUUUACGGCCAUUGCUGUCACUGUAAUUGAUAAAGUAGGCCGCAGAAAGAUGCUCUUGUACACAAUGGUUGCCAUGAUUUUGGGUUUAAUUGCCUUGGGUGGUACAUUUGCUGCCCAGCAAGGAUUUGUUACCCAACAGAGUGAAUGUAUCAACUACUCUGGAAACUGUGCUCGUUGUGUCUUGGAUAGUAAAUGCGGUUGGUCAAUUGCUUCCAACAUCUGUGUUGCUUCCAAAGACAACCUUGCUGAUAUUUUCCAAAGUGCCACAGGAUGUCCCGCACAGUCAAAAGAUAAAACUAUCACGGGUCUCUUGUUAACCUUUUUAGUCGUCUAUGUCGGUAGUUAUGCUCUCGGACUUGGGUAUAUUCCUUGGUUGGCUCAAGCUGAAAUGUUUCCCAUGUCCAUCCGAGGCAAAGCCAAUGGUGUUGCUACAGCCGUCAACUGGAUUUGUAAUUUGAUUAUCUCCACCACUUUCUUAUCCAUGAAUGAAGCAUUUACUGCCGCUGGUACUUUUUGGUUCUAUGCAGGUCUCUCUAUUGUUUUGUUACUCAUGUUAAUUCGUUUGAUGCCAGAGACAUCUGGUAAAUCGCUCGAAGAAAUUCAUGAAUAUUUUCUUAAAAUUUAAUCCUUAUCAACUAUAAUCUACUGUAUUACUAACUUAACCUAAUAAUAAAAAAAAGAAAGGCUUUCUGUUUAUUCUUCUAAUCAUGUGUAUAACGCACAGAUCCCCUGGUCGUAAGGGCAUAGGUGCGGACUUGAUGUACUUCUGGACAAUUAAUCAUUCGUCUGAAGCGCGCAUAUGGAGAUUAACAAUUAAGACAGACGCAUAUGAGUGGGAGCACAACCCAUUAGAUUCACCAGUCUACAUAGACCUCCAUUAAUGAUAAAUCAUUUGUAAAUAUAGGUCGAUACCACAAAAGGAGCUCGUUGAUCACCAAUGUGUAAAUUCGCGUAGUAGAACGCUCUAUUUGGCAAUACAUUUAUUAUUGAGCGCAACUAUGGAUCCACGUCAACAAUCAGCUCAUGAAAAUGAGUGUAUGCAGUAAGUAAAGACUUG